UACCAUGGAGACGCGCGCUGGCUCUGAGGUCGCCAUGGCGGUCUGGUCGGUCUUAUCCGCCAGGGCUGUCACCGCGUUCUUCCUCGUGGUCCUCGGUCGUGUCUCCCAGGGCCAGGCCUUCUCCCUCCCUUUCCGGAAGCCGGAGUCCUGCGGCCACGAUCAGUAUUUCGAUAUCUCUGCGCUCUCCUGUGUCCCGUGUGGAGCCCACCAGAGGCCAGACGCCCAGGGAACUUCAUGUGAGUGCAUACCAGGAUUUCAGAUGAUCUCUAAUCUUGGAGGACCUGCCAUUACUUGUAAAAAGUGCCCAGAAAACAUGAAAGGUGUUACUCAAGAUGGCUGGAACUGUAUUUCUUGCCCUAGUGGCUUAACUGCAGAAGGAAAAUGCCACUGUCCACCUGGACAUAUUUUAGUGGAAAGGAAUGUCAAUGGAACGUUGUUAUCUCAAGCAACUUGUGAGCUUUGUGACAAAAGUGAAAACUCUUUCACAGAAGCUAACACUUUAGAAAACAGGUGUGUCCGAUGUGAUUCCACAUUCAUCAAUACCAGCAAGUCCUGUGAAUGUUUAGGACCGAACAUUCUAACAGGGGGAUUAUGUUUCAGCACUGCAGGGAAUUUUCAGCAACGUAUAAUCUCAACAGUACGUCAAGGAACGCUUGGCAUAUCUUUAAAUUCAGAAUGGUUUGCAAAAUAUUUGCAAUCAACAGCAUCUGCAUGUUCAAUGUAUGCCAACCUAACAUCUUGUCAAGCUCUUGGAAAUAUUUGUGUGAUGAACAUGAAUUCUUAUGACCCUUCCAUGUUUGAUGCAUGCCGAGUGUUUCAGUAUAUCUUUGAAAAUACUGCUGGACUGAGUACUGUUCAUUCGAUUCCAUUUUGGAGACAGAAUCUGCCAUGGCUGUUUUAUGGAGACCAGCUAGGAUUGGCACCUCAAGUACUCAGUACUACUCCUCUUCCUAAAAAUUUCAGUUUUAAAGACCAAAACCAGAAUACAAAAUUGAAGUUUGUUGCUGCUUCCUAUGAUAUAAGAGGAAAUUUUCUCGAGUGGCAAAGUUUAGAAGGAGGUGUUUUACAGCUUUGUCCAGAUACAGAGACAAGACUAAAUGCUGCCUAUUCUUUUGGAACAACUUAUCAACAAAAUUGUGAGAUUCCUAUGUCUAAGAUCUUAGCUGACUUUCCCACUCCUAUAUUUUAUGAUAUUUACCUUGAAUAUACUGAUGAAAAUCAACAACAAAAUAUUUGGGCUGUGCCUGUGUUAAAUCUGAAUCUGAAAUACAACAGAAUGUUUGUGAACCAAGACAGUAGUCCGAACAAGUGGCUUCUUACUCGGCGCAUUUUCUUAGUGGAUACAGUGAGUGGACGAGAAAAUGACCUAGGAAGUCAGCCAAAAGUAGUUCGAAUUGCUACCCAAAUAUCACUGAGCAUCUACCUUGUACCCAAUACAAAAAGUGGAAACAUAUACCCUCCCUUAAUCACCAUUGCCUACAAUGACAUUGAUAUCAGAGAUCCCAGUAGCCAGUCUGUGAAGCUUUCUUUCUCAGUCAAAUAUGAAAUGAAUCAAGGGGAAGCAUAUGUCCAGACAGAUAUUGCUUUGGGUGUGUUAGGUGGGCUAGCUGUGUUAUCAUCUCUUUUGAAGACAGCUGGCUGGAAGAGGCGCAUUGGAAGUCCCAUCAUUGAUUUACAGGCAGUCAUGAAAUUCUUGGUAUACUAUGCUGGUGAUCUGGCCAAUGUAUUUUUUAUCAUCACAGUGGGAACAGGACUUUAUUGGCUUAUUUUCUUCAAAGCACAAAAGUCUGUCUCUGUUUUGCUACCAAUAUCAAUUCAAGAAGAACGUUUUGUUACUUAUGUGGGAUGUGCUUUUGCUCUGAAAGCUCUGCAAUUUUUGCAUAAACUCAUAUCCCAGAUUACCAUAGAUAUAUUCUUUAUUGAUUGGGAGAGACCUAAAGGAAAAGUUCUUAAGGCUGUUGAAGGUGAGGGUGGUGUUCGGAGUGCCACUGUUCCUGUGAGCAUUUGGAGAACAUACUUUGUAGCAAAUGAAUGGAAUGAGAUUCAGACUGUGAGAAAAAUUAAUCCACUUUUUCAAGUCCUUACUGUCCUCUUCUUUUUGGAGGUUGUGGGAUUCAAGAAUUUAGCAUUAAUGGACUCAUCCUCUAGUCUUUCUAGAAACUCAUCAGACUACCUAGCUCCUUACAGCCGCAUUUUGAGAUAUGCAGUGUCUACUGCUCUUUGGCUAGUCAUUGGAAUUAUUCAGAUUGUAUACUUUGCUGCUUUUUAUGAGAGAUUCAUAGAGGAUAAAAUUCGACAGUUCGUUGAUUUGUGCUCUAUGAGUAAUAUAUCAGUGUUUCUAUUGUCCCAUAGAUGUUUUGGCUAUUACAUUCACGGUAGAUCUGUACAUGGGCAUGCAGAUACGAACAUGGAAGAAAUGAAUGUGAAUCUUAAAAGAGAAGCGGAAAAUUUGUGUAGCCAGAGAGGUUUGGUGCCCAACACAGAUGGUCAAACUUUCCAGAUUGCAGUUUCUAGCCAGAUGAGACAACACUAUGACAGAAUUCAUGAGAUAUUAACGAGGAAAAAUGGCCCUGCUAGAUUAUUGAGUUCAUCGAGUACUUUUGAUCAAAGUAUAAAAGCAUAUCAUAUGAUGAAUAAAUUUCUGGGCUCUUUCAUCGAUCAUGUUCAUAAGGAAAUGGAUUACUUUAUAAAAGAUAAAUUACUUCUUGAAAGAAUUCUUGGAAUGGAGUUCAUGGAACCAAUGGAAAAAAGCAUCUUUUACAAUGAUGAAAGUUAUUCUUUUAGCAGUAUGCUGUAUUAUGGAAAUGAAGCCACCCUUCUUAUUUUUGAGGUGUUAUUCUUCUGUGUUGUGGAUUUGGCUUGCCAAAAUUUUAUUUUAGCAGCCUUUCUUACAUACCUACAACAAGAGGUGUUUAGAUUUAUUCGUAACACAGUAGGACAAAAGAAUUUGGCAAACAAGACACUGGUGGAUCAAAGAUUUCUGAUUUAAUUUUUUGAUUAGGCAAAUUAAGGACUCUAUAAGGUGACAAGAAAAGUCUUAUCAGGUUAGUUUGUCAUAUUUUUUAAACUUUUAAUACAAAUUUUUUUAACCAAAAGAUGUAUUUUUAUAGUUUGUAAAUAUAUGAUCUGAGGGAGGGGAAAAAUAUAAUGUGACAUGUUAUAAAAUAUUGUUUUCACAUUCUGUAUGGCAUUUACUUCACUAAAUAACAAACUACCACUGACAGUGGA